AUGGGUGACUCGCAGUACUCGUUUUCUCUCACCACUUUCAGUCCUUCCGGCAAGCUCGUUCAGAUCGAGCACGCCUUGACGGCCGUGGGCUCUGGCCAAACCUCUCUCGGAAUCAAAGCUUCUAAUGGGGUUGUUAUUGCGACUGAGAAGAAGCUACCUUCCAUACUGGUUGAUGAAGCAUCAGUCCAGAAAAUACAAUCACUAACCCCAAAUAUUGGAGUUGUAUACAGUGGCAUGGGUCCUGAUUUUCGAGUUUUGGUUCGGAAAAGCAGGAAGCAGGCUGAACAAUAUCACAUGUUAUACAAGGAACAAAUCCCUGUCACACAACUUGUGAGGGAAACUGCUGCUGUCAUGCAGGAGUUUACUCAAUCUGGAGGGGUGAGACCUUUUGGUGUAUCUCUCCUGGUUGCUGGUUAUGAUGACAAAGGUCCACAACUGUAUCAGGUGGAUCCUUCAGGUUCCUAUUUCUCAUGGAAAGCCUCAGCAAUGGGGAAGAAUGUCUCAAACGCAAAAACAUUCCUUGAGAAGAGGUAUACUGACGAUGUGGAGCUCGAAGAUGCUGUGCACACUGCUAUUUUAACUUUGAAGGAAGGUUUUGAGGGACAGAUUUCAGGAAAGAACAUCGAGAUUGCCACCAUCGGACCAGAAAAGAUAUUCAAGGUUCUGACUCCAGCCGAAAUCGAUGAUUAUCUUGGGGAAGUGGAGUAA